AUGACGACCCUUCGACCCUUCAAGGCUGAUGACCUUUGGGCUUUCAAUCGAGUAAACCUGGAUCCGCUGACGGAAACCUAUCACAUGACCUUUUACCUGCAGUACAUGUACACCUGGCCCGAAUACUUCACGGUCGCUGAGAGUGCAGCGGGGACUCUGAUGGCAUACGUCAUGGGCAAGGCCGAAGGUGUCGGCGAAAACUGGCACGGCCACGUCUCAGCCCUGACAGUGGCACCCGAAUACCGCCGCCUUGGUCUUGGCAAGCAACUCAUGGCUGACUUGGAAGACAUUUCUGAGCAUCGGCACCACGGCUAUUUUGUGGACCUGUUCGUUCGCAAGUCCAAUGACGUGGCGGUCGAGCUAUAUCGCGGCCUGGGUUACGAAAUCUAUCGCACAGUCAUCGAGUACUACUCUGGAGCAAACUCGGAGGAUGCUUACGAUAUGCGCAAGAGUCUGUCACGUGAUCCUGAAAAACGCCUGAUGCAGCCAACUGGGAAGCGGAUACAACCCUACGAGCUUGAGAAUGACUGA